CUGAGCUCCCGCCCAGAACCCCCACUAGCCUGGGGCCUGAGAACAGCCACUCGGCACUCACUCCUGACAGCCCUCCCCGCCCGCCAGGCUCCUGGGGGAGGGAAGACCUAUGAGGAACUAACCGCAGAGGACACUCUCGUCUUGGGUGCAGGUGUUUGCCCUGCUGGGACCAUGCCCAUGACCUUCGCCCUCUUCCUCCUCCUGAGCCAGGCCACCUCAGACCCAUGCUACCAUCCAGGGGGCCGCCCCCGCUUCUGCCUCCCACCCGUGACCCAGCUGGCUGGCAUGGCGGCCUCCUGUCCCCAGGCCUGCACCUUCUCCACAGGGGCCCAGGUUAGCCCCAGGGCCACCUGCAAUGGCAAUCUGACCCUGGCCCUGGGGGGCUCCUUCCUCCUGACUUCCGUCAGCCUGCGCUUCUGCACCCCAGGCCCCCCAGCCCUGGUCCUGUCGGCCACCUGGGCCACAGGAGGCCCCUGGAGAUCGCUGUGGCGCAGACCUGCCUGGCCUGGGGCCUUGGGGGGGCCUGAAAAGGUGACCUUCCGCACCCCGCCAGGCUCUAAGUCCAGUGUGGUGGCCAGUCAUCUCCGAGUGGAGUUUGGGGGCCGGGCAGGGCUGGCAGCAGCUGGAGUGAGAGGACGCUGCCAGUGCCACGGCCAUGCCGCCCGCUGCGCUGCCCGUGCCCGGCCCCCCCGCUGCCGCUGCCGCCAUCACACCACCGGCCCUGGGUGCGAGAGCUGCCGCCCAUCCCACCGAGACUGGCCCUGGCGACCUGCCACACCCUGGCACCCCCACACUUGCCUACCCUGUUCCUGCAACCAGCAUGCCAGACGCUGCAGGUUCAACUCUGAGCUGUUCAGGCUGUCAGGAGGCCGGAGUGGGGGUGUCUGUGAGCGAUGCCGCCACCACACAGCUGGGCGGCACUGCCACUACUGCCAACCAGGGUUCUGGAGGGACCCUAGGCAGCCUAUUACCAGCCGCAAAGCCUGCAGGGCCUGCCAGUGCCACCCUAUUGGGGCAAUAGGUGGCACCUGCAACCAGACCAGCGGGCAGUGCUCCUGCAAGUUAGGGGUCACCGGCCUGACAUGCAACCGCUGUGGUCCUGGCUACCAGCAGAGUGGCUCCCCCAGGAUGCCCUGCCAGCGAAUCCAAGAGGCAACAACGACCCUUGCCACGACCUCUAGUGCUUACAGCUCCGACCCUCAGUGUCACAACUACUGCAAUAUCUCGGACACCAGGGUACACAUGAGCCUUUGGAGGUACUGCCAACUGGACUAUGUUCUCCACGCACAGGUGCUGGCGUCUGAGGGGGUGGGCCCGGCGUGGCGGCGGCUGGCCUUGCGCGUGCUGGCCGUGUACAAGCAGCCUGCGCGGCGCCUGGUCUUCGACCGCCAUGGCCUCGCACUUGCCUGGAGGCCUCGCUGGGCCAGGCCUCUGCGGCGCCUGCAGCAGGAGGAGCGAGCGGGCGGCUGCCGCGGCCUGCGGCCUCCAACCCCGAGUCCCGGGCCCGAGCACUAGAGCCCGACCUGCAAGGCCUCGAGAGCCAACCAGUGCACUUAGAAUAGACCCUGAGCAGAGACUUUUACCUCGAUGGCGCGUCCCUUGAGCCAAUCAGAUGCCGUGCAGCUCCUGACGUCAUUAGCCUGCGCCAGCCCCGUGAGGGCGGCAAGGCCUGUUGACCAAAGGCGACAAAGUGCAAGCGGGACCUUUGGGUCCCUGGCUAGGACAUUUGGCCUGAAUCCUGUGCAGCUAGUCUCAUCAGUAAAGUCUUAAAUCUUGAGGAACUUUGGCUACAGACCCCUAAUCUGUGCUGGGAAGGUUUCUGAGGGGCAAAUGAAGAAGGCCUCUGCGGAGCCCAAGUAGGGCUGCCGCUCCCUGACAAAAUAGCCAAUCCGGUGAGAAAGCUGAUAUGACGUCACUAAGUGCUGGCCAAAUUGUUGCCUACGGAGCGCGUGAAAGCCAGCGGGCGCGGGUGGCGGCCGAAAAGGCGGGAAUGUGUUUCCUUAUCAGUUCCAGCUCGUAGAGGCCACCCGCAUUCCUUGGCUCAUGGCCUCUUCUUCCAUCUUCAAAGCUAUAAAUGGCACACACUUAAAAUUUCUUCUGACUCUUCUUUGUCCUCACAUCUUUUUCUGGACCACAGCUGGGAAAGGUUCUCUGCUUUCAAAGGCCCAUGUGAUUAGAUGGGACCCACCUAAAUCAUCCAGAAUAAUCUCCCCAUCUCAAAAUCCUUAAUCUUCCUAACUCCUGCAAAGUCCCCUUUGCCAUGUAAGGUCACAUAUUCACCAGUUCCAAGAAUUAGAGUGUGGACAUCUUGGGGGGGCCUACCACAGCUGGACAUGGGUGAGCACUAGAAUUUUCCACUACAUGGCUCUGCUCAAAUUUCACAGCAUCAGAGAGGCCUACCCUGACCCACUUAACUAAACAGAAGCUCCUACCAAUCAUUCUCGUUUCUUUGUCCUGUUUUAUUAUUUUUUUAGCACUUAUCAACUGAUGUAUUAAAUAUUUGUCAUUCUGUUUACCAUUUAUCUCUUCCACUAGAAUGUGAGCUCCAUGGGAGCAGGGAUUUUGUUUUCUUCAUGGCUGUAUCCCUGGUAUCUAGAAAGGCGCGUGACACAUGGUACAUGUUCAAUAAAUACUUUUUGAAAAACUGAUCAAUGAAUGGUCUAACUUGCAACCCAACUGAACCUGAAGUGAUGCCUCAAACAUCUGUAUUAUUAGGAGUCAUAGUAAACCCCAAAUAACUUUGUCUUAAGACACAAAUUUAUUUCUCUUUCAUAG